AUGGCUGCACAGACCGCCCUGAGUCCUUGGAUCUCUAUUUUCUCCCACCCGGGCGUGAGAGACUACUCUCAACUGACCCUUGAUCUGACCAGGAAUGAACUGAUAGUGGGUGCAAGAAAUUUCCUCUUCAGAUUGAGUCUCAACAACGUGUCUCUCAUCCAGGCAACGGAAUGGAUUCCAGAUGACGACACCAGGAGGUCCUGUCAGAGCAAAGGGAAGACUGAGGUAGAGUGUCAGAACUACCUCCGUGUGCUACUGGUCAAUAAGACUGAGGUCAUCACCUGUGGAACCAACGCCUUCCAGCCCCUCUGUAUCACCCGGGAGGUGGGGAACAUGUCCAGCGUGUUGGAUCGUGUGAACGGCGUGGCACGGUGCCCGUAUGACCCUCGCCAUAACUCCACGGCGGUGGUGACGGAGAGUGGUGAGCUGUUCGCCGCCACUGUCAUAGACUUUUCGGGUCGCGACCCCGUCAUCUACCGGAGCCUAGGAGGCAUGCCACCCCUCCGGACUGCCCAGUACAACUCCAAGUGGCUCAACGAACCCCAUUUCAUCUCAGCGUACGAUGUGGGUCUCUUCACCUUUUUCUUUCUGCGUGAGAACGCCGUGGAACACGACUGUGGGAAGACUGUCUACUCACGGGUGGCCCGAGUCUGUAAGAACGACAUCGGGGGACGGUUCCUACUGGAGGACACCUGGACCACCUUCAUGAAGGCCAGGCUGAACUGCUCGCGCUCAGGAGAGAUCCCCUUCUACUAUAACGAGCUGCAGAGCACCUUCUAUCUGCCUGAACAAGACCUCAUCUAUGGGAUAUUCACCACCAACGUGAACAGUAUAGCAGCAUCUGCAGUGUGUGCAUUUAACCUUAGCUCCAUCACCCAGGCCUUCAACGGGCCCUUCCGUUCCCAGGAGAACCCCCGCUCUACCUGGCUGCCCACCCCAAACCCCAUCCCCAACUUCCAGUGUGGAACCAUAGAUGACGACGGCGGUCCUAACGAUGGUCUGACGGAGCGCAGCCUCCAGGACGCCCAGCGGCUGUACCUUAUGAACGACGUGGUGCAGCCCGUCUCUGUGGACCCCUUGGUCAUGCAGGAUGAUGUGCGCUUCUCCAGGCUGGUAGUGGACAUCGUACAGGGUCACGACACCCUCUACCACGUCAUGUACAUCGGCACAGAAUACGGCACCAUCCUGAAGGCCCUGGCCACCACCAAUAAGAGCCUUCAGGGGUGUUACCUGGAGGAGAUCCAGCUCCUCCCCCCUGGGGUGCGGGAGCCAAUCCUGAGCCUGCAGAUCCUUCACAGUGAUAGGUCACUGUUUGUAGGACUCAACAACAGAGUUCUGAAGAUUCCAUUGGAGAGAUGCUCCAACUACAAGACUGAGACGCUAUGCCUGGAGGCACGGGACCCCUACUGUGGCUGGGACAGAAAACAGAGACGCUGCACCACUCUAGAGGACAGCUCCAACAUGAGCCAGUGGAGUCAGAACAUCACUGUGUGUCCGCUGAGGAACCAGACCACCAAUGGCGGCUUUGGACCCUGGACGACGUGGCAAACAUGCAGCAAUGACGAUGGCGACGGCACCAGCUCCUGUCUGUGUCGCUCCAGGGCGUGUGACAAUCCCUCUGCUCGCUGUGGUGGGAGGAACUGUGAGGGGUCCACCAUCGAAGUCUCCAACUGCUCGAGAAACGGAGGAUGGACACCAUGGUCGUCAUGGGGACAGUGCAGCACCACCUGUGGAACAGGGUUUGAGAUGCGCCAGCGCUCCUGCAACAACCCCUCGCCCCGACAUGGGGGACGUGUGUGUGUGGGCCCGGUCAGGGACGAGAGGUUCUGUAACGAGGGUGUGUCGUGUCCCCAGCCUAUCUUCUGGUCCCUAUGGGGUGGCUGGGCUAAGUGCAGUGCAGAGUGUGGAGGAGGGGUCCACUCCAGGGUCAGAAGCUGUGAGAACGGGAACAGCUGCCCAGGCUGCGCAUUGGAAUACAAGGCGUGUAACCUGGAGGCGUGUCCAGAGGUGAAGAGGAACACCCCUUGGACCCCGUGGAUGCCUGUCAACGUGACGCUGGGCGGAGCACGCCAAGAGCAGAGGAUGCGCUACAUGUGCCGCGCCCAGCUGGCAGACCCCCACGAGCUGCAGAUUGGACGACGCAAAGUAGAGACCCGCUUCUGCCCCAACGACGGCAUGGCCACCUGCGAGACUGACACUCUGGUGGAGGACCUCCUGAGGACCCCUGUGGUACGAGUGGCGGGCUCCGGCUGGUCGUCAUGGGAGACGUGGUCCGCCUGCUCCCAGGACUGUGCCAAAGGGUACCGUACCCGCAAGCGUACCUGUGCCACGCCAGAGGGCAAGGUUGCCCCCCCAGCCUGCAGGGGUUCGCCCGUAGAGUACCAAGACUGCAACUCUCAGGCCUGCCCAGUGAGUGGAGCCUGGUCCUGUUGGUCGUCGUGGUCUCAGUGUUCGGUACCCUGUGGUGGAGGGCACUAUCAGCGUACCCGAUCCUGUAACAAUCCCAGCCCUGUCAACGGAGGAGAUAUCUGUAUUGGCCUACACACUGAGGAAGCGCUGUGCAACACACACACCUGUGACGGUGGCUGGAUGGCCUGGUCUCUGUGGUCAGCAUGUGAUGACGUAGGGCUGCAGGUACGCAGCCGGGUCUGUGGGGCUCAAGGCUCCGCCCCCUGUGUGGGAAACAGCACUGAGCACAGGGACUGCAACGAGAUUCCAGUGAUUCUCCCUGCGUCUGGCUUUGAUAAGGACCAGCAAUGCAGAGCAUUCACCUCUCUGCACCUGAUAGCCACAGGCGUGUCCUGUUUCCUGGGGGCGGGCCUUCUGUCCUUCCUGGUCUAUGUGUACUGCCAGCGCUUCCACAAGCCCUCGCAGGAGUCUGCCGUCAUACACCCAACCACACCCAACCACCUCAACUACAAAGGCAACACCACACCAAAGAACGAGAAGUACACGCCCAUGGAGUUCAAGACUCUGAACAAGAACAACCUGCUCCCAGACGAGAGGUCUAACUUCUACCCAACGCCCCUGCAGCAAACUAAUGUUUACACUACCACCUACUACCCCACAGCGCUGAGCAAAUAUGACUACAACAGGCCUGACUCCUCCCCUUCCCCUUGCAGGACCUAUAACCACAGCUAAGACACACACCCCAAGGACCCCAGCCCCACCUACCUACCCAGACUGAACUGAACUCCACCCCCAUCGCCAUGGUGACAAAUGCCAUGGUGACUGAACACAACCUAAGACCUGGAUCUCAUUUUUGCUCUCCUUUCCUUUAUCCCAUGGUAUUGCCCAAAUGGUGGGGGGUGUGUGUGUAAGGGUAUACCUGGAACGUACUAUCAGCACUCUAGGGGUGGAUACAGUAUGGAUGCUGAUGCCUCCCCUAGACUCACUAAGUAGAGCCAGGAACCUGAUCAUGAUACUGGACAUCACAGUGUCAACAUAGUGCUUUGAUGGAGAGCUGAAUGAGGAACUCCAUAAGACACUAUAAGCUACAGUUUGGAGUUGGACAACGACUUAUCCCUGUGGAACUUGACAACCUGAGCGCCUUACUGUAGGUGUUGUGUUGCUAUUCAGAGAGGCUCGAGAUACUCAAAAUGGUCGCAUCUUCUCCUCUCUGGUCUGUCUGAUCACCUCUAUGAAUGAGUCUCUAUGACACCAACAUCCCCUCUAUCUGCAGCAUUUAUCCCCAUUAUAAACUCAGAAUUCUCCCAACAACAAAUGCAGUUACCGAGAACAACCCAACCGGCGCAUAUCCUGGUGUCUGUCCUUGCUUCAGUGCUGGGGAACCAAAAAAAAAACUCAAUUAAUUCAAGAGAUCAGGAGGUCAAUAUCAGUUCUAUUGUGUUUGGAGGUGGAUGGAUGAAUGCACUCAGCUCACCUCAUCACAUGACAUGAGGAGGACAAGAACCUGGGACUUCAGCUCUGCCAUGUUUUUGGGUGGUACUAGAGGACCAGGGGAACAGAGGCACAUCCAUGGAUGGCAGCGUGUGAUCGGUUAUGGAAAAACACUACCUAUAUUGGUCCACACAGAUACAGACAUACUCAUUGCUGGAUAGACUGUAGUUUUAAUCUGCUUAUGUCCAAACAAGGCCCCACACUUCAGGCUGCCUAGCUGUGUUAUGUAAUGUAUAGGUAGGCUUCCCAGGGAACGAUCUGAACAUGGGAUAGAGAGCUGAGGUGUCUGACUGAGAGAGUUGGAAUCAGUUGAUGGGAUACAGUUGAUACAGCUUUGGUUGCCCCGGGUGCCUGUCUGUAUGCAACAGAGGGGAUAAUGUGGGGUCAGAUUCUAUAAAGACUUCUAGAAGGGAAUUCCCUUGUUUCUAGAAGGGAAUGGAUGCAUUCUACUGAGUACUGUACCUACCUACUACCGCUCAGUGUGCAAAACUGGACUGCAACCGCAUUUUGAUAUGAUAUCAUACAAGCUAGGAUAAUAAACUAGUAGUGUGGCACCUUUUUUUAAGUUGUUUUUUUUUAUGAGGGAGGUUAUUUGUUUAAUGCUAGAGAGAGAGAACAGUAGUAUAGGAGGAAAAGUUUUAUUUUACAAAUAAUAGCUGAUUCACUUUUUAGUUUCUCAUCAGUUUCACAUCAGAAAAUACAUUAUUUUUUAAAUUUUUCAAAGCAGCUUAGUAGCCAAUAUGUAUCUGACAUAUUUUACAAAUAAGAACAAAAAAAUAAAACACAGAUUUAUGUAGAAGCAAAUAUAAGUGACUGUAGCAAAUAUUAAUGGAUCCCUCUCUUAACAUUGCUAAAUCAUGCUUAGAAAUACUUUGGUAUGAGAUUAAUGUUUUGCUUGUGUGUGUAUGUUUGCUUGCUUCGUAUGUGUAUGCCUGUGAGCUUGAAUGAGGAGAGGAACAGACAACUCUGUAUGUAUUUUGUACAAUGUAAAUGUAAUGCUUUAUUACAUAUGACUGUAUAUGACGGGAUCUGUAAAGGACUAUGUGCAUUUUUUCACACAUUAUGAUGAUGGCACUGCUGAUGUUCCGCUGGGUUUCUGUGUGUUCCACGUAUAAGAUGUUAAUCAUUGUAAGUUAAGGAGAGCUGCGCGGUUCUCAUGGGGAAGCUUGGAUCAUAAAGGAAUUUGAGAAACACAACUGAGCUAUAUUUUCUUAUUAUGCCUGAUGUUAUGCUAAUUCAGCAGCGAUGCUUCUAGUUCCUCUCAUAGAAAUAGAAGGAUUUUAUUCUAUCAUUUUAAUUCUAUAGUUCCGCUAUAUGCACGAGAGCUCUAUCUGUACAUAAGAGACAGCCUUCGAUCUGCAGACCAUUAAUGACAUCUAAAGGUUAGUAUAAUGUAAAUGUAUGUUAUUGUAUAGCUAACACUGUUUUUUGUUUUGUUUGUUUUGUUUGAAGCCUUAUAGUUGUAAAAAAGUGCAGCAGCUAUGUACACACCAACCAUGGGGUUUGUAAGGGGAUAGAGCUUGUCAAUGUGACUGGUUGACUAUGGCCUAGACAUCUUUUCCAGGGAUGUAUUCAUUCCACCAAUUCUGUUGCAAAAUGUUUCACAAACGGAAUGAAACGAAGAGGGACAUACAUGAAUUUGUCCAAUAAAAACUCUUGUUUUGCUCUUUUUGCUUCCGUUUGGGUCUUAAACGGUUUCCGUAAUGAAUACACAACAGCUGUUUUGUUACUUUGUGCAGAUGUACAGUUUGGCUACAUCUUGUGUAGUAUCUUAGAGUAACAAAGAUAGCCUGUAUUUUCAGAGGCACUCCUGCCAGUUUAAUACAGAAUCAAUGUCACCACCACAAUAAAAAAUGUAUAAUUAAAAGCCCUACCUUAAUAAAACAUGUAAAACAAGAACGUGAUACAGCAAAUGUACAACAAAGAGUCAUGUACAGUAUUAUCAUAGUCCAUUAGCUAGCUCAAAUUAGAUGUAAUUCUGCUGUUUAGAGCACUUAAAGUAACACUUCCAUCCUGUGGUUUUCCUUUUCCCCACAUGCCUCACCCACGUUUCUUGGGUUUGUAAUUGGCUCCCCCUAAAUGGUGACUCCCUCUAGUUUGCUUCCCCUGGCCCUGUAGUCACUUUUGAUUGGACAAACUGGAUGUCACAUUGUGGAGCUCUUUCCCCUGAUUGGCUCGGUGCCCUUCUAUGCAACUGACCUGGUGGUACUGUUAGAUAUGUGACGUAGACUGUAAUCACUGCCUUUUAGACACUGUGAAUUUUUUGGUACUCUAUAUUUUUGUAUAUUGUACAUUAUAAAGGAUAAUAAACCUUGAUG